AUGAAACUGUUCGAACUGUGUGAGGCAUCAUCUGGGUAUUGUGUCAGUAUUGACAUCUACCACGAAAAUACGGACUGUGCUACAUAUGUCGAAACAUUGGAGGAUGAAACUGAAGAUGGUCAUGCCACUUCCCACUACAUUGACAUAACGCAAACGUCCAAAAUCGUUCUUGGAAUGAUGGCACGCACGGGAACAUUGACCAAAGGGCACCAUGUUUACAUGGACAAUUAUUAUACGUCUCCGGAAUUGUAUGAUGUGCUGUCAUCAUAUGAUACUUAUGCAUGUGGAACAGUGCGCAUCAACAGAAAGGAAGUGCCUAAGGCUUUCUGCUCAGUGAAGCUAAAGCAGGACGAAACCAUCUUCAGGCGACGUGAAAAUCUCCUCGCAUUGUACCAUGACAAGCGAGACGUUCACAUGUUGUCAACAAUACAUGAGGCCAAGUCGGUGAUGACAAAUAAAGUUAAUCGCAAGACAAAUGAGCCCAUCAUGAAGCCAUCUGCAAUUGUUGACUACAUACAAAAAAUGGGAGGCGUUGAUCUUUCAGAUCAAAUUGUUCAAUACUAUGAUGUGCUCCGCAAAUGUGUCAAGUGGUGGAAAAAAUUGUACUUUCACCUCUUCAAUAUGCUUGUGGUCAACGCUUACAUACUGCAUAUGAAGUACAGCCAGAAGCAAAAGAAGCGUUCCCACAUGGACUUCCGAAAUACAUUGGUAACGGAACUGAUCGAGUCUGCCCCAAACGCUCUGAAACCACAACGGAAGGGACGGAAGUCUGAACACUUGGCCCGACUGACCGAACGCCAUUUCAUUGGGCACUGCAAGCCCAAGCCAGGUGCGAAGGAACAGAAGGUCACCAGAGACUGCAUUGUUUGCAAUGGAAGUUCAAAAAAUAGGGAAGGGUUCAAGAGAAAACAAACGGCAUAUGAAUGCAUUCAGUGUGAGAAGCCGAUGUGUAAUCCGGAGUGUUUCAUGCGCUACCAUACACUCAAAUACUACAAGCCUGAAAGCAAUCAAGAGAGCGACAGCGAAUAA